UUAUGCUGCACCAUGUGCGCAGCACAUUCUGCAUGUCAAUCCUGCCAAGAUAAACUUAGUGGCCUCAUGAUUCGCCAGCUGUAAUGACAAUAGUCACUCUAUAUGUCGAUCAGUGGCCCAAAGGCCGAUGUAUUCCUAAAUAUUUGGUUCGCCAAGUCAGAUUUCCACUGUGGUACCUCAUGAUUCGCCAGCUUGUGCCUACUGAAGUCGCCCUAUGCGUCGACCCGAGGCUCCAAGAACCAGUGAGCCUUCUUAAAGACUCGUUCGCUGAGUCGAACGUCUGGCGUUAGUACUCCCUAAAAAUUUCAAGUUCUAAAAUGUUCUCAAUGCGCCUACAUGUACUCAUGCAAUUCUUUUCCAUAGAAUAACAAUGAGGACACCCGCGAUAUACGCCCUUUACAUCUGCCUUCCAUUCGCACUUCAUAUUUCUGCAGAACGUCAUUCUGCAAGAGGCCUGAAGAAUCAACAACUAACUCCUGCGGUUGAACAAUCGUCAUUAAGUGACCGAGCUUUGAGCUCCUCCACCUAUGUCCCCUCCAGCUCUACCUAUGAUGUUUCCGAUGGCCAGACAGUCGAAUUCCUGUAUCAGCGCCGCGUCGACUCCAUCAUAUCUCAUCUCACUGGCGCUGAGGACAUCGCAGAAUGGCUUUCCACCUUGAACUAUUCUACCGGCCAAUGGCCAGAUAUCAAUUAUGCGACAGGAUGUGCCGCUCAGCGUGCAAACUGGCCCGCAGGAGUACACUGGCAGCGUUUGUUGGUCAUGGCAGGCGCAUGGCACGGAGGUUUAUCUAAUGCCGAGCAGUAUGUACAACAAGAAGACAUCCUACAUGCGAUCUCUAUCGGAAUGGACUGGUGAUUUGACCACGAUUUCAUGAACCCG